AUGAUGGCGGCCAAGAAGCACCGCCGGGAGGGCGAGAAGGUGUGGUGCCCCGACCCGCGCAACGUCUGGCAGCUGGGCUCGAUCGUCGAGGACGACGGCGAGUCGCUCUUCGUGCUCACGCCCGACGACAACGAGGAGCACAAGUUUGCCGUGACGCAGACGCACCCGUUCGACGUCUCGCACGCCCAGCUUUUGCCCAACGUCUCGGACAUGGACAACCUGCACGAGGCGCCUCUGCUCGACCUGCUCCGGCGCCGCUACGAGCAGGACCUCAUCUACACGUUCACGGGCGACAUCCUCAUUAGCAUCAACCC